AUGCAGCAACAACAGAAGAGACCUUUGCCACCUACACCUGCCACAAGUACAAAAUAUACCAACGUCAAUGACGCCAUCCAUUCAUUACUUUCCGAGACUGCUUACGAUACCUUAUCAGAACGAGAAAGGAGAUGGUAUAACGAGCUCUCCAACUGCCAUAAAUCGUUAGAGCAAAAGGAUUCAACCAUCAAUAAUUUAAAGACGAUUGUUAUGGAAUGGAAGAAAAAGGCUGUUGAAUACGAUAAUGCAUAUAAGGAAUUGAAGCGUUUAUCUGAAGAACGCGAACGUUUUCUGAUAAAACAGCAUACAGCAGAGAUGGAAGCAUUAUCAAAAGCCCAAAUUGACCAAAUCAACAGCAAUCUGGAGGUUAUACUACAGUUGGAACGAGAGAACGAAGAGUUGAGGUCCCAUUGUAACCGUAACAAUGAACCCACACUACUUCCAUAUCAGAGCGAUUCUCCUGAAAAAACAUCAGAAUUACAGCAACAACAACAACAACAACAACAAUUACCAACAAUAGAGAGUAAAAUAAGUAAUACAAGCCAGCUGUGCAACGAAGCAGAAGAUAUGGUGAGUGAAAUGGAAGAUACUCUGCAAGACCUACAGCACUCGGACGAAUAUCAGGAUGAGGCAACAACGACUACCGCUAAUAUACCCGCACUUGUAACUGACAGUGACUCAUCAUCAUCUUCUUCAUCAGAAGGGGAAGAGGAAGAAGAAGACGCUUUGACAUUUGAAACACAGCAAAAACCAUUACAACCACAGCAGCUACGUCGUGCACCAUUGCCGGUAGAUACACAACCAAAGAAGAGAUCAAAUAAAAAUGCAACGAUACCCAGUUUUCUAUUUCGCCAUAAAAAGUUUGACCAUUCCGAAAAGAUGACGAGUCAGCAAAAAAAAGCACAGUCGUUAUAUGACGCCAAUAGGACACAGCAAAGAAAACCCUUGCACACAUCUUUAUUUGUAGCCUCCUCUUGA